GCUAGCCCGGCCAGGUACAUCGCAGCGCUCCGCCGCCCCGCUGCGCCGGGCCGUCGCGCUGCAGUCCCUCAAGUAGUGAAUCGUGCCGCCCGCCCGACUCGAGUGACUCGCGGUGCCCCAACAGGUGGAUUUGGUUCAUCUAUUCGUGCGUGUGUGUGCGUCCAGGAUACAGCACCCAAGUGUCUGACGGCAGUGUGUGCGUGUGUUUCCGCAAGCGUGUGUGUGUGUGUGAAGUGUCAAGUGAAGUUCCAUUUCUGCCAGUGCAACACCGCAUCCACCAGUGACUCAGGAUUUUUCGCAAGGAUUCAACCACCGGCCUCCGUCCAGGGGUCCCCGCCAUGCAGGGCCUUCGCGCCCCCAGUCGGCCAGCGCGGUGAACGCAGCCGCCUCGUCCAGGAGGACUUCCAGCAGGACCGUGGCCAGGCGGCCACCUCCUCCAGCGAGAUUCCUGGCAUCCGGCGCUGGAACCGGCCCAGCCUGAGCGCGUCCAGCGUCCAGCCAGCCCACGGCCGCCUCUGCUGGCAGGACAGCCUGCCAAAACAGAAGAAGCAAGCAUUCCAGCCUGCCCGUGUGUGUGAGAGUGCGUGCGUGUGUGAGUGCAGUGGCGGUGCAGUGCAGUGUGAUGCCAUUAUGACGGCCUGGCCAUGAAGAAGAACAGGAAGAGCGACGAGAUGGCAUCCCCGAUGGCGGCGCUGCUGUCGCUGCUGGUCGCCGCGGCGCUGACAGGUGUCGCGGUGGCCUCGAGUGCCGGCAGCACGCCCUCGCUGAGCGCGGCGGCGCCGGGGCCCGAGCACCCGCAGCAGCACGUCGACGACGCCUGGCAGGUGGGGACGCGCGCCGCGGGCAACGGCGCCGUGCCGCAGCAGCUCAGGACCAGCGUGCCCUCCGCCAAGACCUCAGAUGACCUCGACGGCCACCCCCACACGCUGCGGACGCGCUCCAUCGACACCGCCGCGCCUCCGCUCGACGCCGAGCCCGACGACAACCUGCUGAGCGACGCCCCCGCGCCGCCGGCGCCGUCGUCGGUGCCCGCCGUGGAGCGCCGCGACGCCGUGGACGUGACGGCGGCCCGCGCCGCCUACUAUGACCACAUCCAGCCGACCAGGACGGCGUCGACGGCGUCGGGGGAAGAGGAGCGGGCCUCGCGGGGUCCGGGAAGGGCACGGUCCCUCCCGGUGGAAGCGGUGGCGGGGCCCGACAACACGACGACCUCUAGCGAGGCCACCCCACUGCAGCCACAGCCAACGGCGCAGACCAACGCCACCGACGGCCACCAGGCCAGGGACACGGCGGGGAACAACGGCGGCACGGACCGCGUGCGGGACAUCAUCACAGGCAUCGUCAAGCUGCUCAACGGCAACGUGAACGUCAACACCAACCCGCAGACCCCCAAGGGCAGCAUGGGCUCCAUCGGCAUGGGCCGGCCCGUGCGGCCCGUCAACAUGGGCACGCGCAUCAACAACCGUGGGCCGCCUAGGAUCACCGACCUGCCGCCACCGCCAGACUUCGAGAAGGUGCCGCACCCGCUGCCUCCCACCCCCGCGGUGGUGCCCCUGCCGCCCCCGCCCCCGCAGCAGUCCUUCACGCCGCCGCCACCCUUCGGCCCCAACGGCCAGAGCACGCGCAUCCCGCCGCCAUACCCGUUCGACAUCCCGGAGCCCGUGAGCUCCGCCGUGCCGCCGCCUGCCGCCGCGCCGCCCCCGGUGCCGCCCGUGCAGGAGACGCCCGACGAGGGCCCCGCGCCCCACGCGCCGCCCCCAGCGGGCCCCAUCCCUAUCCCGAUCUCCAACCCCCACAAGCAAGUCACAAGCAAGCCGGCGCCGCCGCCGUCCUCGCCGCCGCCAACCACCUCCACGGCCAAAGACGACGUCGUGGACGUGCGGCCCAGCAGCAAGCCGACCGCCAAACCCAGCCCCAAGCCCACGCCGCCGCCGGCGUCCCCGUCGCCACCGCCCUCACCGCCGUCGCCCACCCCGACCAAACCCCAGAGCACCAAGGCCGGCCCGCCCAGCAAGAAGGACAAGGAGAGGGAGCGAGACAAGGAGAAGAUGAAGGACAAGGAGCCCGUGGCGACGCCCAGCGUCACCAUCCUGCAGAUAUCGACCACGUCCUCCACGUCCUCGACUCAGGUCAUGCUGCCCACACCCUCCUCCGCGUCGUCCACCACGACGGCCUCGCCCACCUCCACGGCGGCGGCCCCCAACGCCUCCAGCGCCUCCAGCACAGUCUCCAGCAGCCCGUCCAGCGCCUCUCAGGGGUCCGCGCCCACCCCGCGGCCCCAGCCACGGCCCGGCGGCACUGUGCUGGAGUCCUCGAUCGAGGAGGUGUCGGUCUCGGCGGAGUCCGCCAAGCCCACCCAGGCCAUCCCGGCGACGCCGUCCGCGUCCUUGAGUGCCUCGUCCACGGCCGGCCCGCUCACCUCCACGACGACCACCACCACCUCCACCGGGACGCCGUCGUCGCCAUCCUCGCGGCCGGGGCCACCGCAGCCGCCGCAGCCGCCGCAGCCGCCGCCACCAAACACCGGCUUCGGCUACCGGCCCUACCGGCCGCGGCCCGGACUCGUGCUGGACGACACGGAGUACAAGCCGGGCAGGCCCGGGCCGGGGCUCAUGACGUCCGCGGCGCACGGCGGCCACCAGGCGCCGCACCUCGCGCCGCACAUCGUGCCCCACGUGGCGCCGCCGCAGCAGCCGCACUACGGCGAGGUGUUCGACGUGACGGUGAGCGCGGUGCAGGGCCCGGGGGGCGGCGCCACCGGCCAGGCCAUCGUGUACCCCGUGGAGAUCGAGGGCGUGCAGGUCGGCGGCGCCGUGGCCGGCGAGGGCAACGGGCACGGCGACGUGGCCGUCAUCACCGCGGCCCAGGCCGGCCAGCACUUCGUGUCCAUCGACGGCAAGCGCACCUACAUCAACCUGUUCAACACGGAGCAGGCCGGCGCCAUGGGCGGCGCGGGCAGCGUGGGCGUCGCACCCGCGCCGGUGCAGCCGCCGCCACACCGCACGGGCUUCCCAGGCCCCGCCUCGGCCGGCACGGUGACCCCCGUCCAGUCGAGACCGCCGCACGCCCCGCACGCCGGGCCCGCGCCGCCACCGCCAGGACCAGCCGCGCCCGGCCCCGGCGCCAUCCCGCCCAGGAGGCCGUACAAGAGGCCCAACCACCCGCCAGUCAGGAUCGACACGUGCAUCGUCGGCGACGACUCGACGUGCGACGCGGCGCAGAACGAGAUGUGCCGCACGGAGGUGGGCGUGUCGGCGUGCCACUGCCGCCCGGGCUACAGCCGCAGGAAGCACCGCGAGCCGUGCAGGCGCAUCGUGUCGCUGCUCAUGUCGCUGAGGGUGGACCGCAUGUACGACCGGCGGCUCGACUGGACCGACAAGUUCCACGACGCGCAGUCCGACGAAUACCAGCAGCUGGAGUACGAGGCCGUCCUCGCCAUCGACUCCGCCAUGUCCAUGACGCCCUUCUCUGACGAGUUCCUCGGCGCGCGCAUCAACCGCAUCUUCCUGGCGCCCAACCAGGCCGACGACGAGCCCACGGACGUGCUGGUGCCCGGGGGCCUGGGGGCGGCCGCGGCCACGGCGGCCAACUCGUCCGCCGCCGUGUUCGUGAACGCGACGGUGCAGUUGGAGGAGGCGGCGGCGGCCACGCGGCCCAACACGCUGGCGCAGGACGUGCAGCGCCACCUGCUGGGCGUGCUGCACCGCCGCCACAACAACGUGGGCUCCAGCGCGCUGUGGGUCGCCUCCCCCGCGGGCGCCGUGGCGCCGCUCCGCGACCUGGACGAGUGCGCCGAGCCCGAGCUCAACGACUGCCACGCCCACGCGCGCUGCGCCAACGUGUUCGGCUCCUUCCGCUGCUCGUGCAACGACGGCCUGCGCGACCCCUGGGCCGGCAACCCGCAGCGCAGCGGCAGGCAGUGCGAGGCCUGCCCCGCCGAGUACUGCAACCACCGCGGCGAGUGCCGCUUCGAUGCCGGCAACCAGGUUUGCCACUGCACGGGCAACUUCUACGGGACGCAGUGCGAGGUGGACGGCGAGGUGCUGGGCGUGGCCGUCGGCGCGUCGGUGGCCGCCGUCGUCAUCAUCGUCCUCACCCUGGUGUGCCUCUGCAUGUGGAGCCGGCGCUGGAGCCGCGAGCAGAAGUCCGCCUCGGGGCUGGGCUACGGCUCGCCCGUCUUCGGCUACCUGGGCGGCGGUGGCGGCGGCGCCGUCAAGACGCCCGCCGUGGGCGCGCCGCCGUACCAGGUGACCCUGGAGGAGCGGCUGCGCUGGGCGCAGAUCGCGGACGCCAUGGCCCAGGUGCAGCAGUCCUCGAACCACUACGCGGUGAGUGCAGGGAAUGACCAGAGCGCUCGGUCGGCGCGCCUACGGAAGGUUUUUACCAGUGCCCUUCUGUACUGCCAGCAGCCGGAGCCGGUGGGAACGUGCGGCGGUGGCGUGGCGACCAGGCCGUCGUCGGCGCUGUUCGGCUACCCCAGCCUGCCCAGCAUGCAGGGCAUGCAGCACGGCACCCUGCCCAUCCCGCCGCCCGUGCCGCUGCCGCGCCUGUCGCUGCAGGCCAACGGCACCCUGGGCAUGGGCGGCAUGGGCUCGCUCAGCGCCUACGGCACGGUGCAGCACCCCGUGCACGCGCCCUCGCUCGGCGCCUACAGCACGCUGGCGCACACGCUCAAAACGCAGCGCGAGCGUGAGCGCGCGCGCGCCAGGGAACGGGAGCGAGAGCCCGCCACCAGCAGCAGCGAGGAGGAAGACCGAACCGACCUGCUCGGCAGGAACUUCCAAGUGCCGAGGCCCAAGAGCAGGAGCAGUCUCGCGAACCAGAGUGGAAUAUAUUACGAUGUGGACUAUGAAACGCAAGGUGACGUGUACGGCACGAAGCAAAGCUGUAUCCCCAUGAGCACUUACAGCAGUCGGCAACACUUCCACCGUUGAGAAGAUUAAAGACUUUUAUUUUAUCUAAUUGUGGUUUGUUCCGGUAAGGUACAAAGAAGAGUGAGCACUUUCGUGAUAAAUGUGGUGAUAUGUGUGAGUCACGGGUCACUUUCUUCAAGGCCCCUACUAAAUUGACUCAUUUUUGUGACUGUUUAUGAUGAAUCGGGAAGCAGCGGAGAAUAGAAGCAAAGGAUGUGUAAUUGGUUUUGAGGACCAAGGGUUGCUAUUUUGUCCAAUUCUUUAGUGUGAUGCACACGAUCUGUCCGCACACACUUCGAGUGGUCCCAAAAAAUAAACAUAUGUCGUGGAUUUGAAACGUUAUUGCCAUAACAAGACUUUUAAACAUGAUUGUAUCCUUUGUAGGUUUGUAAAUUGUACAUGUUUAUACUAGGUGGAACCAAUGAAUUUUUUCACUGUUCCGGUCCAAUACAAUACUAAUAUGUAAAUUUAUUUUAUUUUAAAUUGCUUCUAUCAAACUUAUUGAUUAGUCAAUGAUGAAGUAAAAUGUGUGAAACUUUGGUUAAGAGUGAUACCAAUUUCGGUUUUCAAGUAGGCAAUAAUGAAACACCUUAUCGAAACAAAGGGUCCUACAGCUAUGUAUCUCAGUGCUUAAUAAAACCAGUUUUAGGGGCAUGAAGACAAAUCUGUGGUUUGGGGGAUAUUAUUACCAAUGUCACACUUAGGAAAGUUGUACUUGUUGAAUGAAAGAAGAGUAGAACUCUCCUGACUGUGUCAAUGAGUGUUUUUCUAAUGCCACAGUGAUCUUAUAACUUUUCACCAAUGUUCUUUGGUGAAUUAAACCAAUGAAAGAUGAGACUCGACUGCAAUGUGUAUGUUAUAUUUUGUGAACAUUUACUCCACUAGAUGUGGGAGAUGUAUUGUUUUUGUUAAAUAAUAGCCUUUAGUUGUGUCUGAUGGACACAUCAAAAUAUGUACUUGUUUCAUAAAAUUGAUGACUACGUAUGUUCACCAUGAAAAAUACUAAUGGACAAGCUGUCAGAUUUAGUAUUACCUUUUCUUUGUAAAUAUUGUGUAGCUCAUAGCACAAGCCUUUGCAUGUUAAUGAAGGAAGCAAUCGUGUGUUUCCCUCCAAAUAGUCAGAUUAAGGUGAGACAGCUACUUUCAGCUUGAAGUCCUGUCUUGAUCACUUCCAUUGAUUUGCUCAAAUUUGGCAGAAGAGCGCCAUUAUUGUUUUUUGUUCUGAAUGUAGAGAAUGAAUGAUAGUGUGAAUGGAAGAAUGUGUGUGAUAUUUGGAAUCAACAAAGCAGUGGUAAUAAUAUAAAUAUAUAUUUAUUGUUCAGCAAAUUUACAACCCAAACUUUAAUGGAAUCUCAUCAUCCCCUUUUAUGUUUGAAAUAGAUUUUUGAAAUCCUACCCAAGAUUCAUCACAUCAUAGGAAUCAUAUUACAUCUAAAUUACAACAAAAGUUGGUUUCAUUGUAACAAUAAGAAAAUAGUCAAUACUCUCUGAAAAUGUCAGGUAUAAUUCAAAUAGUUGCGCAGAAAGUAAAUGCAAAAAUAAUGCCUCUGCUUUUAAUCCUCAAAUCGUUUUUAAUUUUACAAAAAUAUUUAUUUGUUGUUUUGUAUAUAUAGGUUUAAAUAUAUAAAGUAUGAAGUCCA